AUGACUGCUAUUCCUUCAUUACCGUUAUUAUUAUUCAUGGCAAUUCUAUUUGAUGUAAAUGCACAAUGGUUUAUUAUGAAGAAAAAUUAUCCAUCAAAAGCAAUGAAUUAUCCAAAUCCUGGUAAAAGAAGUAUAACAGAAGAAGAAUUCAAAUUAUUAAAUAUCGAUUGUUCUAUACCUUAUUCAUAUUUCAAUUCGUAUAAAGAAAAAAUGGCAUGGUUAUUAUCAUGUAGUUAUGACAAAUUACCAUUAACAAUAAUAAAUGAUUCAUCAUCAUCAUCAUCAUCAUCAUCUAAUUCGAAUAGUAUUGAAGAUGAGCUAUAUUCUAUACCUGAAUUUAUCUCUCAAGAACGCAGAACCCCACGUUCUAUUCCACCUUAUUUUCAUGAACAUCCUGAUUUAUUCAAUAGACGACGAUUACUCAAACGCUUAAGACGAUUCACGAACAAAUAA